AUGAGGUGCCAAAUUUCAACGUUUGUCGGCCUCGUGGAACUCGCCGUGAGCGUCGGCUCGCCAUUUGAUCCGACUCACACAUGCCUAGCGGUUGUUGUUGUUGUUGUUGUCGUCGUGGUUCUGAUGGAGCUCGAGGCUCAGGGCUCAGGCUCGCACCUCAAGCCGGCCCCUUUGAAGGCGUUCAGAGGCUCCCAAUUAUGUCGGCCACGCCCACUUUUUGUCGGUGGGAGUCCUGCCGCCCAGUCUCAGUUUCCUUCUUCUCGUCGCUGUGACUUCUGA